GUGCCUCCCAUCUUGUGGCCGCCUACAGAGCACUUUGUCAGUUCCUCGUAUCACGCAUUCUUGUCUGCAUUCUGUUUUCAGUCUGUUGUAAUGUGUAUCAGAGGAAGGGGUUAGCCAGAGACAGAAGGAAAGAAGAGAAUGGAGCAAGGACUUGUCACAACUCUCCUGUACCUACUGGAGUGAGAUGUACUGAGAUCUGGCCCACACCAUCUUUUCUUCCUACUCUUCUUAACCCCAAGUGUGUGGCCAGUGAUGCAAUUACUGUGGAGGUUGUGCAUCUCCCUUCUACUGGGAACACUUUUUAAUACCAGGCAUCUCACCAGUGCUCUGGACAUUCCAUUGGAGAUUGAGCAGUCGCCAACAAUAAUAGAGCAGUCACCACCUACUCUUAUCGCUUUGUCUUUUGAGGAGAGUUUUGCUGUCAAGUGUGAAGCUAAAGGGAAUCCUGAUCCAGAAUUUAAAUGGACUAAGAAUGGGCAAGAUUUUAAUCCCUACCAGGACCCUAUGUUGAUCACUGAAGAAGAUUCUGGAACUUUUAUCAUCCCAAACAACGGAAACCUCACUGAAUACCAAGGCGUCUAUCGCUGUUAUGCCUUCAACAAUUUAGGAACUGCAAUGUCAGAAAAAAUUGAGUUUAUCAUUCCCAAUGUUCCAAAGUUCCCUAAAGAGAAAAUUGAUUCAAUCAAGGUAGAAGAAGGACAGCCAUUUAUUCUGGAAUGCAAUCCACCUAAAGGAAUUCCUCCAUUGGAAAUUUACUGGAUGACCAUUAGCAUGAAGCAAAUAGAGCAGGAUGCGAGAGUGACUGUUGGACUGAAUGGAAACCUCUACUUCUCUAAUGCCAUUCAGACAGACAGCCGGAAAGAUUACUGCUGCUAUGCAUCUUUCCCAAGAAUACGUACCAUCGUUCAGAAAACUGCCAUGUCAGUCAUUGUCAGCAACUCCAAGGCAGUGAGUCAAUUUGGUAGUGGAAGGGGAAAAGCCAAUGCCAUUCUGGAAAGGAAGCCCAGUCUACUGUCACCCUCUGGUGGUCAUACGUACACUCAUAUUGUGAAAGGGGAGGAACUUUUAUUAGAGUGCAUUGCUGAAGGCUUCCCAACUCCGAAGGUUGAGUGGAUCAAGAUAGGAGAGAAACUUUCUGACCGAGCUAUAUUAAAGAAUUUUGGGAAGCACCUUACCAUAGAGACAGUGAUAGAAGAUGAUGAAGGAAAAUACAUGUGCAAGGCUCAUAAUGCCCAUGGAGAAGCUGUGCAUUACUUCUAUAUAAUAGUAGAGGAACCUCCUAAGUGGAAUAUCGAACCUGAGGGGCAAGUGUAUACCAUUGGAGCUGAUGUUAUCAUCAGAUGUGCUGCGUAUGGCAACCCUGUACCCUCUGUGACAUGGAUGGUGAAUGGGCGCUCUCUUAGUGAGGUUCCAUCAACCAACAGAAAAGUCUAUAAUGACACCAUCUUGAUCCACAAUGCCAGCCCCAGUGACAGCGCAGUUUAUCAGUGUGAAGCCUCCAACAGACAUGGAACGCUACUGGCCAAUGCUAACAUCAUGAUCAUGAACCUGCAACCGGUCAUCCUGACAGAAGAUAAUCUUAAAUAUUUAGCAGUGGAGGAAACGCAAGUGAUAAUGCACUGCAAGGUGUUCAGCUCACCACCCUCUGCUAUCAUCUGGAGCAAAAAUAACAGUGCUAAUUCCAUAGAGGGUGAAAGGUUCUCCAUACAUCCAAAUGGGUCAUUGGAGAUCCACAGUGUAAAAGCAGAGGAUGAUGGCAAUUACACUUGUGUAACUGAAAAUUCUGAGGGCAAUUUAAAAAUCACUGCCAUGCUGAAGGUUAAAGCUCCCACUAAGAUAGUGAAUUUUCCUCAGGACCAGCGUGUUUUGGUAGGCACCACAGUUCAGCUCUCAUGUCAGGCUGAAGUAGAUCCAUCCUUUAUCAAUGAAUAUGAGGUGAUCUGGGAAAAAGACAGCAUUCCUCUCAACGACAGUCAAAGCACUGGAUAUUUUAUAGAUGGAGGGACACUGCAUAUUGUCAAUGUAAGCUUCAGUGACCAGGGUGAAUAUGUGUGUAUGGCUAGAAGUCCCAUGGAUCAGGACAGAGCCAGAGCACUUCUUACAGUUUUAGAUGUACCAGAUGCCCCGCAAGGUGUGGUCCUUGCUGAACACAAAAACAGGACAGUGAAACUUAAAUGGAUCCCAGGACAGGAUCAUAACAGCCCUACCACAGAGUUCAUCAUUGAAUAUGAAGAGAGCCACUGGGAGCCAGGCAGAUGGAAGGAGCUAAUGCGAGUGCCUGGAAAUCACCAUUCAACUCUGCUAAAGCUCCAUGGGCACAUAAACUACAGCUUCCGCAUCUCAGCAGUCAAUGAAGUUGGAAAAGGACGCCCGAGUAAAGCAAGUGACCGAUUUAAAACCCCACCCUCAGCACCUGACAAGAACCCUGAAAGGAUCAAGAUAGAAGCUAACUUGCCACAUGAAUUCUAUAUCAACUGGGAGCCCUUGUCCCCUAUGGAGCAUAAUGGGCCUGGUUUAGAGUACAAAGUAAGCUACCGGCGACAGAACGUGGAAAAGGAGUGGCAGGAGCACAUGGUAAAGAGGCAUUCAUUUGUGGUGAAGAACACACCAACAUUUGUCCCUUACGAGAUUAAGAUCCAAGCCAAGAACCAUGCUGGCUGGGCUCCUGAACCUGAAACCAUAGUUGCCUAUUCAGGAGAAGACUUCCCAUCAUCAGCACCAGAAGACGUCGUGGUGGAGGUGAUGAACAAUACAGUUAAGGUCAGCUGGACCCAUGUUCACAAGGACAAAUUGCAUGGACAUCUGGGAGGCUACACGAUUCAGUGGUGGCGUUUGCGCAGUCUCUUGAACUCGAGGAAGGUGGAUGGUGAUAAACACACAGCCAAGUUUCCCGGGGACAGAAAUCACACCCUAAUCUCAGGGCUCCAACCUUUUUCUGAAUAUGGUCUCAGCGUCAUGGCCUACAAUGGACGAGGCAGGGGACCAGGAAGCCAGCCAAUUACUUUUAAAACUCCAGAGGGAGUUCCAGAUCAGCCUGGAUCAUUCAGAGCUACAGAUGUUCAGAAGCACGCUCUCACACUUAGCUGGUCUCCUCCAGUAGAGGCUAAUGGGGUUCUUACUGCCUGUGUUCUAAAAUACCAGCUAAUUAACAACACAGAGGAAGUGGGACCACUCCUAACUGUGAACAUCACCAACCCAGAUACAAAUAAAUGGCACCUCAGUGACUUGGAGCCAGUUAGCCGCUACAGGUUCUCCCUGAAUUACUGCACACAAAAGGGCUGUGGCCCAGUGACUACUGAGGAGUACAUCACCAUCCCAGAAGCAACACCCACUGUGUUGAACAUUAGUGCCUCAGUUAGCGACAACUUUGCAAAUAUCAGCUGGAUUCUGGGGAAGGAACAAAUGGAUUCAGAGUUAUAUGUUGCAUAUAUGAAAAACCGUGAAGGUAACUGGAAGAUAUCUGAGGUCAUUAACUCCUCUAAGACUUUCCUGGUCAUUAAGGAGCUGGAGCCUGGGACAGAAUAUACAGUGCGUGUUAUGGCUAAAAGCUGGCAUGAUAGCUCUAGCAUUUUUGAAGAUGUUAUCAGGACCAGGGCCAAAGGUUUGGCCAGCAUUCACAGUGGAAUUUCAAAUCAGGGCUGGUUUAUUGGACUGAUGUGUGCUGUAGCUUUACUCACACUCAUCGUGCUCAUCGCCUGCUUUGUAAACAGGAAUAAAGGAGGGAAGUAUUCUGUAAAAGAAAAAGAAGAUCUCCAUCCAGACUUGGAAUCUCAAGGCAUUAAUGACGAGACUUUCUGUGAAUACAGUGAUAAUGAUGAAAAGCCCUUGAAAGGCAGCAGUCACUCCCUUCCUGGUGUCCUAAAGCGAGGACAUAGUGGGGACAGCGUAGUGGACUAUGGCGAUGAAGAUGCUCAGUUUAAUGAGGAUGGAUCCUUCAUUGGAGAAUAUGCUGGACAAAAGGAAAGGUCAUCUGUGGAAAUAAAAGUAACUUGUCAGAGCAAACCAUAAUGGACAAAUCUUAUUUCAUAAUGCUUACAGAUAUUUGGCACAGGGACAAAAGAGGCAAAAGAUAAUGUAAUCCAAUCAAAUAUGACUUUUGUUUAAAAAAAAACAGUAAUUCAUAUGUCCAUGUUAUUUUAUAAUUUUAUAAGGUCUAGUUUCACACCAAAUUGUAAUGGAUUAUUCAAACAUUUUUAUCUUAAUAAAAGAUAAUAGAUGUUUUAUUUAUACACACACACUAUAAGAUGUUCAGAAGUUGUUUUACUCUUAAUUUGUUCUGCACUGUGAGGUCUCUGAAGUCUUUGCCUUUUUGUAGUCAACCUUUUUUUUUUGUUAGAGAACCAUCAUGAAACUCUUUUUUUUUCUUUUUUUUUCUUUUAGUCAAAUAUUAUUGAAAUUUUAUAUACAGCGCUGCAUUUAUUAAGUGUAAUUAAAUAUCUGUACAAAAAUCUGUUCAUUAAAUUAUUUUGCAUUUUAAAAAAUAUGCAGACUGGAAGAUGAUGAAAAAAAUAGAUUUUUUUUUGUCAUGUUCAAGAGUUAGUACCACAUUUUUAUUUCUGUUGUGUAUGUGUGAAGACAUAAAAUAAUUCAUCUGAUUGUAGUAGGGCUUCAUAUUAGCCAAAGGCAAAUAACUUUUUUCACCAUCACCUUGUGUGAAAAAAUGAAGGCAAAUAAAAAAGGAACAUGGCUUACAAGUAAGUAAGUUAAUGCUUCCACAGGAUUGAGGGGCUAAGUUUCAGCCAGUUGCUGCUAAAUCAUCAGCCCUUGAUUAACUGAAGGUAAGCAGGUGUUUAGACAUCUGUAGAAGCAGAAGUUUUGGCAACUUGCUAGUCUGGAACAUUCAGAUGUGUGUUAGCACCUGGUCUGGCACCUGAAGCAAUGGUCUUAGAGAAGCAACUAAUGGUGGAGUUGUUUGGCUUUAAUGCCUAAUGCCAUGUUUGGUGAAAAACAAACAGCAUUUUAGCAGAAACACCUCAUACCCACUGUAUGGAAAAGUGAUGAUAGAUUCUUGUUUUUGCAGCCACUGGAACUGGGCCCCUUGUAGUCGACUAUGAACUCCUCUGUAUACCAGAGUAUUCCAGAGGUAAAUGUGAGGUGAUCUGCCUCCCGAAAGCUAAAGCUUGGUCAAAACGGGGAUAUGCAACAGUACAAUGAUCUGAAGACACCAGUAAAUCAGAAUGGCUGAAAAAAAGAAUUAAGGGUUUGGAAUGGCCUAGUUAAAGUCCAGAACUUGACCCAAUUGAAAUGCUGUGGCAAGAAAAAGCUGUGCGUAAGUUAAUGCCCACAAACCCUAAUGGACUGAAGCAAUGUUGUAAUUAAUAAUGGACCAAAAUGAUGUGAGUGAUUGAUAAAGUAAUUCAGAAAACAAUUACUUACUUAAAGUUAUUGGUGCUAAAGGUCAUUCAUUCUACAAGCUAUUGAAUAAUGGGGUACUUGGUAUUGCAUAAUAAUAAAAUGUUAUAUUAUUAAUUAAAUAAUUUUAUUUAACUGCAUUUUUUGCCUUUAUUUUUGUCAAAUAAAUCAUGGCAUGGUGAAAAAAGGUUAUGUUAAUGUGCUUCUGAGGUUGUAUUUGGCUAAUACUGAGACAUACUAUGAAUAGAUGAUUAUGUUUUUAUAUACUUAUUAAAAUGGGGGUACUAACUUUUAAGCAUGACUGUAGUCAUUUUUUGUCAUUAAGGGUGUAAACAUAUCUAGUAUUCAAUCUACACUAACCAUUCGAAUGCAUACAGUGCAGUCAUUAUUAAGUUAUUUUUACGUCUAUUGAUAUAUUGUAGUUUAAACAAUAUACAAUACCAUGAUGACAUAAAAUAUAUGGUAAAAUUACUUAGCACUUUUUUUUCUUCUAUUUAGUUGGCAGACAUUAUCACCUUUAUAACAUUUUUAGCCUUACAUUUCUUAUUGUCAUAUCACAAAGGCUUUUCACAAAUGCAAAAAUGUACACAUAUGCACUUAAAUACCAGUUCUUAAUCUGAGAUCAAAUGUUAUUCCAGCUGAGAAUUAGACCCAGCAUCACGAAAUAAACAAAAUCUUAAUGUUGAGCUUUUGAGUCCUU